AUGAACGGGAUGGAGCCUGCGUUUGGCGAGGCCUACGGGGGACACAGGGGUCUUCUGAGCCCCUACCCCCUGGCCAUGUCGCCACAGGGGGGCAGGACUGAGUACGAUCAGAGUGUGCUCCUUAUGCUGGGCUCCCCAGCAUCGCCAAGGAAACGGCCCUUUGAGUUGCUAAGCGACCUAGUGGACGACGGAGGCUUUGGCGAGGACCUGCACCCGGAGCGCUGGGAUGUGUCUGCGCUGGACGAGAUGGCUCGCUACACCAAGCUGGGUCUGGGGGUCGGGGGGGAGCUGCUGGCCUGCUCCGAGGAGGCGGUCCUGAUCGCACAACUACUCCCUGAGCCAGGGGGGGAGCUGGGGGCAGGACCCGGUCACAACUCCCAGUCAGAGGAGGUGCAGGAGGCGGAGACACAGCAGGAGGUGCACAGGGAGGAAAACCAGGCCAAGACUAAGCUGGAGGAAGAGGAUGAGGAGGAGGAAGAGGAGGAGGAGGAGGAGGAGGAGGAAGAAGAGGAGGAGGAGGAAGGAGAGGAGGGAGCAGAGGAGACGGCGGUGGAGGCCGAACUCUCAAGUUCCUCGGAAACUGAAUGUGAGGUGGAGGCGGAGCCAGCCAGGCAGCCAGGCGAGCGUCCAUCGAAGCGUCGCUGUUUCUGGGAGUACAGACGCGCUCGGGAGUCGACCACGAAGAAGAAGCUGGGCGGUGACGUCCACUGGUCUCUGUCCUGGAGCUCCAGCACCCUACCCAGCACACUGUACCGCAGAGAGGGCAAAAAAGGGCGUCGCAAAGCACGCAAAACCGACGCCAGCGACCUGACACCGAACCCCCAGAAGCUCCACAACAUCGGGGAGCAGCUGCAGAAGCUCAACGCUGCCAUCGAUGGCAUGGGUCCAGUCAACGACCUGCCCGCCGUGGCCCGAGCCCGGUCCCGCAAGGAGAAGAACAAGCUGGCCUCGAGGGCCUGCCGGCUGAAGAAGAAGGCCCAGCACGAAGCCAACAAGAUCAAGCUGUGGGGGCUCAACCAGGAGUACGAAAACCUGUUGGGGGCUCUGCUGAGGAUCAAGGAGGUGAUCAGACGACGGGUGGAGAGCAGCGAGGAAGAGGACACAGACGAACGAGGGAUGACCCAACGCCUGGAAGACAUCCUCAGAGAGUCCAGCGGUCCCUUGGUUGCUGGGCGGACCAAAGACUUUGUGCAGAGGAUUUUGGCAGCGAGCGCCGGCAGUCAAAACCAGCGUAAAGAUCCCCAGCAGGGAGGAGAUGAGGCGGCGGAGUAAACCUCAUCCAGGUCCCGUCUUCUUCCACGCCCUCCCCUCCCAGCACCAACCUGACCCGACCGAGCUUCUGCACGCCGUCUCCACUCACACAGAGAGCGACGAGACGGAGAGGUGGAGAGGCUGGGGAACAAGAGGAGGAAGGAGUAGCCGAAACAAAAUGGUGGUAAAUUGCCACCUUGCUCCCGGUCCUCUCCAAACAGCAGCUGUCUUCACCGCUCUGUCUCUGCAGGCUGCACCACAACCACCGCCAGGCCAGAGCUGCUGCUGCUGCUGCUGCUGCUGCUGACGUCUCUUGUGUUCCGUGUUCUGUCCGUGUGCGUGUGCGUGCGUGCGUGUAACAUACUGUAUGAGCGUGCAUAGUGUUCCUCUUUCCCUCCGUGUGCUGUAUUUGUAUCCCAUUGUGCCUAUGAAUAGACAUUGCACUGUUUUGUAGAUGGUCGUAGUUGUCGGCAGGGGACCGGUAGUGAGCCGAGGGCGAGGGGGCAUUUGAGGAUAGAGGAAGUUCUAAAAUAAGGAAGUGGGAGGAGCCCGAGCCUGGAAAACAAAGAAGCGGGUGUGUGUUUUUUUUGUUUGGCUGGGCUCCUGCAGAAGCACUGCAUACCAUUUGGAUUGCAUUGGCAUCUGAAAUGUCAGUACGUGUUGCGAUACACAACAAAUGAUAGAGUCCUGAUGUCAGACCAACUGUUAACGGAAACAACAGCCCUCUGCUUGUUGUGGAAAAGUCCUUGGAGCUUUAAUAGACCCAUUCUUUACCAUCCCCUUCACCCCCAUCAAAAUGUAAGCAAAGUUUAAAAACGAAAGAGAAAACUGCACCUUAAUUCAAACUGACCAAAGAUGUUGCUGAACCACUCGGACACCAAAACCUCUCACCGCUUCAGAUGCUGCCAACCAUUAACAUGUCAUUAAGUUUUGCAUAGUGAGGGAUGAAGUGACUGAUUGUUGUCAUGUUCACCCGCGUGCAUCCUUCAAAGAUCAUUGAUUCCCUUCAUGUAAAUGCACUACCACCGCAGAUCUAUGAGGCCGUGGUGUGGCAGGAAGGAAAGGGCUGACGGGUCAUUCUCGGGUCAGCCUUCCAGCUCUGCAGCCUGGCGCUCCUUCACUUCGUCUGCAGUGGCUUUACGUUCACCCACAAAAGGGAAGUGUCCUCAAUGCCUUCCCCAAGCCCUCUCCUCAACCCCUGACCUGAUUAUGUAGCGCAACUUCCUGAAUUGCAAUGACAAAUAGAGAAAAACACUUGUAGUUCUAGACAGCAAAUAAGUCUAAUUUGUUUAGUUUUUGAAUGAUUUCUGUUGUUGUUUGGCGAUGCCACAGCCCACAAAGUGGGUGUCAGUCUUGAGAGUUUUGAAAUCUGCCUUUCUUCUGUGGUCUUUGCUUGAAGCUGUAGACCAACUUGUCCACGCUCUCUAAAUAUUGUUGGACGUAAAAAAAAGUCAAGGACCCUUUGAAUUGCACUGUGGUAAGAGCAACCAAGCACCUUCAAAGAGGGCUUUAGAUCCUCCAAAAGAGAAAAAAAAAACUCUUGGCACCUUUUUCUAAAGACAGAGAGAGACUUGAGGAUGCCCGGCGCUUUGUGACCGACUGGUGGUUUCGGUUUGUUGCAGUAUGGUGCUACUAUAUGUUAAAACAUUUUAAAAAGCAAUGCAAACCUGCGUGGAGGCAUCAGGCAGUAACUGCUGACUGGGUUUUGGCCUGCGAGCACGUCCUGUUGUAAUAGGCAGUUUGUUUGCAUAAUGACGCCUUUCUAAAGUGCCUGGAGCUUAAAGCCACAGGGACCUGUGUUAUUAUGCCUGAUCUCAAAUCCAAUUACAAGGUAACCCAUGACUACUGCUCCAAGCUCGGCCUCGCUUGACUUUAGUUGGAAGGGAAAAAAAAGUACAGGCUGUGUAGGAUAUUAUCACUGAUUCAGCCAAAAACAAGUGAGCCAAAAUAUUUUCCUUUCAGAUUGAACCUACACAUGGAAACAGUAGCUGGUUUCUGUGAACAUCAACUCUGGGAAACAUACAUGGAGGAGUGGCUGUUAGCUGAGCUGAACACUUUUGUUUUUCAACCUUGACGAGCUCCCAUCUGGGCUGCGUUCCAAAGCUGCUGUUCUAUAACACACUGUUCUCCUCCUAUGGAAAAUCCAUUUCCUGUUUGGCCCAGGAGAGGAGGAGUUGACCUUGAACCUUGCCGUCCUGGAGGUCUUGCUUGCGGUCAUUUUGAAAGCUGUGGAGUGCUGGGGUGUUUAGUGGUGCUCCGGUUUCAGUAUCCUUUUCAUUCUGGGAAGUGUUGCUCAUGAGCAUGAAGCUGUACUGUAAACAGAGGAUUCCUGUCGCUCAGCUGGAAUGGUUUUACCGUGGAAGUCUGCUGCUGGUGAGCAGAGCUUUUAAGCUCUGAUGCCAAACACAGAUAGUCUGCGGCUUUGCAAAAAAAUAAAGAUGCAGCAGCAGGAGGCUCUGAUGUCACUGCGGCCUCGUAAAUGUUACCACAGAAACCCCAUCAGGGUUUCAUGUGAUCGUUUUACAGAAGAGAAAGACGGAUUGUCGAGGACAAACUCAUUACUGCCAGCCUGUUUGGUUAAAGGUGUGCGCUACACUUUCUCUGCUGCUUACCUCCCUCCUCCCACUUUGUCUCCAGGGUUAGGAAGCUGGCGGCGCUGCCAGCAGAGUCACAGGAUCUCAUGCUGGCAGCGGCUCGUGCAACAAAAAAACAAAAAGAGACGAAACAACAGAAAACAACUGUACAUAUCAUUGAGGUUUAAAAUGUUCUACAACCCAUCUGUCAUGUCAGACGAAGGCGAUGGGUUUAAGAGAGAUUCCCCUUUGAUUUCACAAGUUUGUCCAGAUAUUUUCCUUCCUCCAAAGCAGUGUUAUGUAACGCAAAACACCAUCUGCUGUGUACAUUCAUCUAUAUGCCAAGAACUGAACUGAGGAGAAAACUGUUGUGACACAGUGAAUUCCUGCCUCAGAUCCAAACAGCAAACAAGACAUGACAGCAGAUUUAAUGCAACUUGUGAGCUCAUACACGAGCUUUAAUUGAUACUGUAGCAUUCACCCUUUUUCUAAAAACAUACAUUGACACUUUUGAGUCAACAUGGAAUAUCCCUUUAACUGUAAAGCUUUAAUGGGGAGUGGCCAGGCUUGGCAAGGUCACUUGUCUCUGCUCACAUUCCUGAUUCAGUUUCCCAGAAAGUCUCUGUUUAUGUGCACCUGGAAGCAGGAGGCAGGAACUGAAAUGACCCAAAGACGUCAGCUGUCUGGUCACUUCUCUGUAGCUGUUUUCGUGAUCCUGGCUCAGGUCAACCAGGGAAGCGCUGACGUUUAAAGAACACAAAACUAAUUCUCUCAGCUUACAAAUUUGGCCAGCUCUGACCUAAUAUGGACUAUGACUCUGCAUAAACUGGACGAUUCUUAUCUGAGUUUCUUCCUUGUUGGGUGUCACCGUCUGCUGGAGACACAGAGAAGUAAACAGCCGUCCUCUGAUGUGGCCGUUGGGGUUUUCAGAGAAAGUGAAAGUUUGUUUGAAAGGGGAAGUUUUGAACUGAUCUCUGUCUGCAUGGUAAAAGCUGCUGAGGGGACAGUGAUGGGUGGAAACUGUGCACCAACAGAACAGAUUUAGCUCACAAUCUGCUCUGGAUGUCUGUUAUAUUAGUGAGGCUGCUAAUGAACACAUCUGGCAACAAGAAAAGAACUCGGAGAGCACAGUACUCCUACAAGGCUGCUCAUUCCUCCAUAUGGCAUUGUCAGAAAUGCAGCAUUUUUUAUUUAUCUUUUAUUGAUGAUCAGAAGUCACAGCAACAUAGAAUGGUUCCAUUUAAUACAGACGUACCCACAAACAAAAUGACUUUUUGCUGAGCACAGGUGUGUGUUAUGCAUGUGUACGUUAUGUACGGAUACCAAAUCGCAUGACCUAAAUAUGUAGCAAACAGCAGGAAUUGAUGGGAUUUAGAAACACCCCCACAAUUUAAUUAAUUGCUCAUUGUAUCAUUUCUGACAGAUAGGUCCUGAUAAGUCCGCAGCGGAGGAUUUGUAGUGGAAUCACAAUCAUGUGAUCGUCAGCAGGCAGCUGACGUAGCGUUCACUUGUUGUCAUGGUUACAGUGACUCCGUGCUGCUAUCUCACAAUGAUACAGAAAUCUUUAACAAAUCCGUGGAUCCAGACUAUAAGCCGCAUCGCUGCCAAAAUAUAGUCACUCGGUCCUUGUGUCAUUUCUGACUUUCCCUGUAAAUUUCAUCCAAAUCUGUUGAUCCGUUUUUGAGUAAUGUUGCACACAGACAGGCAGACAAACCAAUGCCAAUUGUCACAUAAUAAUGACAAUUAUAACUUCCUGCGUGCAAAUGUCUACUGGAUGCGUGAUAGAACAGCUCACACUGGAUCUGAUUGCCUUGUGAAACCUGAAAUUCACUUUGUUUGUAAGUGCUUGGAUUCUGACAUAAAUGUCAUAUUUAUUGAUGCAUUACUGAAUUUGAGAAUGGUUCUUCUCCCACUGCACAUUAUUUCAGAAAUACGGAUUAAAAAUGACUAAAAGAUGGUGUGCUGCUGUGCGCCGUAAUUAAGCCAACAGAAUUCCAUCUGCAGAGCAAAAUAAAAUCACUGCAAAUGUCUAUUCAAUAUGCUUUUAAAACACAGUAGAAAAUGUAAUUGAUAUCGAGGAAAAUAGCUGCUGAAGGACAUACUGCUCUGAAGUGCUCUGCUUUAAAAGGCCUCCAGUGGAUAUCUGAAGUGCAAAGACAUGAUGAAAUUAUUCAACAGCAAUUCUGAUCAUCACAAAGGUAAUUUAACAAGCAAACAGUACAGCUUCUGUGGACAGGAUUUGCUGCAUUUCUCUGUUUUUAUCUGUGUAAAUUGAAUAUCUGUGGAAGGUUCUCAAUUUGGCUCUCAUUUUCUACUAUUUUCAGACAUUUUCUAGACUGAAUAAUCAGUAGAUGAGUAGAAUGUGAGCGUCCUGGGUGGCUUGAAAGAUUUGACAUUUGACUGAAAGAUGCAUUGUCCCCAUGCUGGUAUGUUUGGGUUACCUGCUUGGAGACGUUGGUGUUGGAGGCAGAAACGGUUCACUUUCCCCAGCUUUCCUGGUGUGUUUUUGGUGGAGGCGCUGAGGCGUGGUGGGCGUGGCGGCGCUGAAUAGACCCAUCAGUAAGCCUACACUGGUGGGACGCUGCUGACCUGCGGGUGCCCGUCCCCACUCUGCUCCAGUGCUCACAUUGUUGGAGACACUCAGGCUUCUCCGGUUUCAAAGGCGACAGGCCUCCAGGCAGAGGAGGCCGGGGAAGCAGCACUUAGCCGGGGCCCCUGAGUAGUUUAUCCGAAACCUUUUAAUCCCCGCCGCCCCCUCCACCCGCUGUCACUCUCUGACAGCUUCAGAGGACUUCAGUCGCUGCACCUCCAUGCCCUCGCCUCCUUUGCCACUGACCUGGAAACCUCCAUCUGAUGAGGGGAAGGUGUCAGUCUCGAACCUGCGGGUCGACGUUUGGUUUGCGGCUAGCUCCAGUUAGCACCUCUCAUGCCUUAUCAUUACGUUUAAAUCACAGAACUUAACAUCUGCCUCUGCAGAAGAUUAAAACCCACAAGGUUGCUUACAGACCCUGAAAACCCAUUUCCUUAAUCAGCUUCUUGCUAAGAACAACAUGGGUGCACCAUGUUCUGCCAAAUUUAGAGCAGUUUAAUUAUAUUGCAAGAGAUUAUACUAUACAGUGGGAUAGAAAAGGCUGGAUCGGUGCAUCACCAGUGAAUAGCAUUAAUUGAGAUAAACAAACCUAAUUACAUUUUGUCCAGGAAGAGAGAUACCACAGUUUUAAUGUUUAAAGGAUUAGGGGAAUAUUCUUUUUCGUUUAUCUUGCCGAGAGUUGUAUAAGAAGGCUGACACUGCUCUCAUAUUUCCCAUUGAAGCCACAGCCAGCAGCCAGUUAGCUUAGCUUUGACUGGAAACCAAAAUCUGCCCACCAGCACCUCUAGAUCUCACUAAUUGAUACGCUGCAUUUCAUUUGUGUAAUCCUGCAAAAUAGAAGCGUAACCUACGCAUGUACUACUGUUCAAAAGUUUGGGGUCACUUUGAAAUGUCCUUAUUUUUGAAAGAAAAGCAUUUUUUUAAAGAAGAUAAUGUUAAAUUAAUUAAUAAUCCAGUCUAGACAUUGUUAAUGUGGUAAAUGACUAUUCUAGCUGGAAAUUUUUAAUGGAAUAUCUACAUAGGGGUACAGAGGAACAUUUCCAGUGGACUAAUCAUGUUGAAAGGAUAACUGAUGAUUAGAAAACCUUUGUGCAGUUAUGUUAGAGGAAAACAUGAACUUGUCUGAGUGACCCCUAACUUUUGAACGGUAGUGUACUCACAUGUACUUAGCCUUUCACUCCAGCAGUCUGUGGAUAUUUGCAUGUCGGUAGCAGCCCAUGGGUGAACAGUGGGAGGCCAGAGAUCUGAAACACAGAUGCUUAGUUCUUUGUUGCAGAUGUAAUGAUGAUAAACUGGCAGCUGAGACGCACCUCGUGGCUUUAACCAAAACCAAGUCAGUCGUUUCUGUCCAGAGUCGAAACCAAAGGCCAGUCGUUGACAUGAGCAGGAAAAGAAAAAGUCUCACUAGAUAUGAAACAAUACUUUGGUAUCCGAAAGAGAAAUCCUGUGGAGAGAGUAAAGGCUGGAUAAUCACAUCCCCGCUGGUUCUUUAAUCUGUCUGAAAACACGCUGAAUGAUGGGAAGAAAGGAAAACCAAGAGACGAGCAAACAUUCCACAAUGCCAUGUCAUAUACUGUACAGCAAUCCUUUCUCCUCCUCCCUCUUCCUCCCCCUCUGUCUGUCUCUCAGUAACCCAGUAAUCACAAUACUACAGUAAUACUUUGGACCUGUUAACACAUUAACACAUCUUUAUGUACAACUCCUUCGUCAGUAAGUAACCUUUAAGAAAAUAAUACAAAAACGGAAAAAAAAAUACAAGAAGUGCCGUACAAAUAGAAGCCUAAUAUUUUUUGUUUUUGUUUUGUGUGAGUGUACUGUACACCUGUAUAAUGUAUAUUUUAAUAUUUAUAUGCAGCUGUUGUAUUAAAGUAUAUUUUUAAAAUAAAA